GUAACAACGGUCGACCUCUUCAUCUUUGGCACCGCCGAGCCAGCCACCAUGAUCAUGGCCGCCUCGAUCCCCCUCCUGCGCGCCCUCAUCCGCCGAGACCCGCACCCGAAACCGACCACUUUCAUCACACUCACCGACAACCGGAGAAAGGCAGCGACGUCGCCUCCGCCCGAGUCACCGGCCCAACUUGUCGACAAGCAGAGUGCAGAGGAGUCAUGGGCAAAGGUCUCUCACCUGGAAGCAGCCCGCCUCCGCGGUCACAAUGACAGGGGGGUUAUGGACUACAAACCAGAAUGGGCUGACUGAUAGCUUAGGCAUGAUUUGAAAAUCGUUUUGCUAGCGGCUGGAAGCUGUUGUACCGUUAUCUUUGCUUUGUGGCGUACCGGUUUGCCCUACGAGCUACACCCCAUGAUGAUUGCGAUAAUACUGGUUACCUUAUCUUAGCAAUUUUUUUACCUUGUAAAGAGACUCUGACUUGAUGCGGAUUUCCUGUAAAGCCAGCUGAGUUCAUACUCAGCCUCUGAAACCGGACGGUUAUCGACU